UGGCGCUCCCAGAGCAGGGAGUUCUUCUCUACUACAAGUUCGUCACGCUGCCGGAUCCCGAAGCGACCAGGGACUGGUUCGAGCGAUCGUGUUCUUCGCUGGCGCUGCUGGGGAGGAUACGGAUUGCGCCCGGGGCGUCAAUGUCACGGUAUGUCGGAGGCAGCAUGGAAUCGCUGAGGGAGCACAUCGAUGCUGUUGCGAGGCAGGAGCUGUUCCAGGGAUGCGAUUUCAAGCUCGCUGCGUGCUCCCGGCCUAUGGAUCGCGAUGCCGCUGCGAGCUGUGGUUUUGAUUCCUUGUCCGUUCGUCUGGUUGAGGAAAUCGCGUGACGCUUGGUGUAUUCCCUUCUCCAUCGCUUGCAAAUGCUGGGAAGCAUCUAUCGCCAGAGCAGUUCCAUGGAAUGCUCGACCAAGCAGGUUUUGGUUGUUUUCUUUCCAACUUACAAGAUUUUCAUUCGUGCAGGGAGCUUGAAACAAAGCAACGCUGCCCCCCAAGAUACGCCAGUACAGUGACUUGCCUGCUUGGAUAGACGAGCGCGCGGAGCAAUUGCGCAACAAAUCAGUACUGAUGUAUUUCACUGGAGGUGUCCGGUGCGAGAUGGCUUCUGCUUACAUUCGUAGCAAAGGAGAGGAAUUCGAGAACGUCUACCAGCUUUCUGGUGGCAUUCAGCGGUAUCUGGAGGCAUUUCCUGAAGGAGGAUACUUCCAUGGGAAGAACUUUGUUUUCGAUCAUAGGAUAUCAGUUCCAUCGCUACAAGAUAAAACUGUUGGCUGCUGCUAUAGUUGCAAAUCUCCCUACGAUGACUAUACUCCACGGCUCCGUUGCUCCAUGUGUCGUAUGCUGGUACUUCUAUGCGAAAGUUGCAAGGCGUCAGUGCCUUAUCUCUGCGAGCUGUGCGCUGCUAAUCAGCAUUCUAGUGAACCAGUAGAAUCAGGACGUGAUAAAUGCUCGAAGUUAAGGAUACUGUGCUUGCACGGCUUUCGUCAAAACGCAUCAAACUUGAAGGGCAGGCUCGCAUCGCUGUCGAAGAAACUCAGACGUACAGCCGAGUUCGUCUUCAUAGAUGCUCCUCACGAGCUUCCGCUGCUCUAUCAACUUCUCGAGGACGAAACGAGGCAAGAACCUACAGCCCAGCCGCACAAGAAAUUCGCGUGGUUAACCGAUCCGGAUGGUCCGAAGGCUAGCACACAAACGUGGACUCCAGUACAGAAGUCUUUCAAUCCCAUGCAGUACCAAAAGCAAACGUCGGGUUGGAGCGAGAGCUGGGAGUACCUGGGACAAGUAUUGGCUGAUCGCGGGCCAUUCGAUGGCGUUCUCGGGUUCUGGCAGGGAGCGGCCGUGGCUGCCAUACUUUCUUCACUCAAGGAUGCUGGACUGAUCGACAUCAAGUUCGUCGUGCUGUGCUCGGGGUUCGUUUCGCCGGUGCUAGAGCAACAGGUGUUGGGAGGAUUGAUCGACUGCCCUUCGCUGCACAUUUUCAGUGGGAAAACUGGCUAUGACCGGCAAAUCUCUUGCACGGAAAGCGAGAGAUUGGCUGGGAAGUUCAGGCCUGACUCUCGAAUGGUAGUUCGUCAUGACUCGGGGCAUAUAGUUCCCACUCGACCGGACUACCUCGAACAGUACUCCGAGUUUUUCAAGCAGUUUCUAUGACUUGUCUUUAAAGUUCGGACGAGGAUUGUGACGAA